GCCGUGGGGGUUUGAGCCCAGGUGGGGCUGACUGCUGAGCCUGGGCCUUUGGAUCAUCAGCCGAGGUGCCUUGCAGCUGGUUAUCUGCCCACGUGGCCCCUCCCCAUGCUGGAGGGCUCGGGACUCCCUGUUCCCAUGACUGGGGGGCUCAGCAGAGAGAGGCUGUGGCCUCCCUCAGGCCUAAGCCUACUUCCCCAAAAGCUUAUGCCCACACAGCCUGGGUCCUCCCCUGAAGUCUCUGCUUACACCCAGGCCAAAGGGCCCCCAGGGAAGGCGUGUUCGGGCUCAGGGCAGCUGCGUCCCCUCUCAGGGAUGCCGGCCCUGGGACCUGCAGUGGCCAGGUGUGGCAGCGGUGCUCUGUGGUCUCGGCUCCCCCAUGGCUCUGUGGGCGCCUGGCCGUCUGUGGGGCGUGGGGACCUUUUCGACAGUUGAGGUUUGCUCAGUCGCUUCUCCAGCUCAGCCUGGCCCUUUGGGCUGUUUCUGGAUCAGGAAGGGCUGGUGCCUGGCAGAGCCUGGCACAGUCCAGGUCUUGUCAUGGAGAACUUGGGGACCUGGUCCAUGCUCCCCUUCUUCCUUGGAGAAGACACCCCGAGUGUCUCUUGUGGAGUUGUCCCCAGCCCUGGGGUGUCCGGUCUGUGAGGGUGGAGGGCGAGGCUGGGCCUUGUCCCCUGGCUCCUGGUGGUUGCUUGUGGAUUUCCACCUGGCCGGCCGGAACCUCCCAGACUCCCACUAGGCCCUCCCUCUCCAGGGGCUCCUCACAUGAGCAGGGGUGCUCCUUCCGCUCUGAAUUUCUGUGUUUGGGUUUCACCCUGUGUCCCUAGUAGCUGAAGCCUCCAUGGCAGAGUUUCGGUGCCAUCUCAGGACAGCCCACCCGGGUGGGACUCGCCCUAGGAACUCCUCUGCCCACACACAGCUGACAGCACCAGAUGUGUCCUGUGGACUCCCAAGCCCCCUGCUGCCCUGCCUUAGUUUACCUAGGGCAGGCACUAGGCCCAAGGGAUUGCAUGUGAGGGGGCCAGGAGGCAGCAGGUGGACACCUAGUCCCAAGCCCCCAUGCCAUCUCCCGGGUAGUCCAGGACUGCUCCUGACCUAGGACUGGGCUGUGGUUGGGGUCUGGAGCCGGCCUGCUGCCCAUCCACCUGGCCCUGUUUAGAGCUGGCCUUGACCUCCCGAGCUCCUUUUCCCUGGAGAAUCUUGCCGGCUUUCUGGGCCAACCCCAUCAAAGCCCCUCUGCUCUGGGGGAUGUGUGCAGAAGAACUAGGGCCUCUGCUCCGUGUCCCCCUCAUAUCACCUGGCCUUCCGAAAGCAGGCAGCAGGCCCAAGGUGCUGGCACGAGGGAGGCCUGGUCAUGUUAUUUUUAGCACACCAGCCCUGCCCCUGCUCUUGUUGGCGGCACGGUGCCCUGUGGCGAGAGGGCGAUGAAGACUCGGCUUCCGCCUGUCCCUUGGCUCACUGGCUGGCACCUGCUGGGUCCCAGGGCCCCAGGAUGCCCCUUGCUGGGUCCUCCCAGGUCUGCCGCCUGCCCUGGACACCCAGGGGUCUAGUGCACAGUAGGUUACCCCCUGCGGGUGGCAGUGGUGCUCCCAGAAUCCUCAGGGGUGCCUGGUGUUUUCAGGGCUGCUUCUGGGCCAUUCUCUGUUGCUUCCUGUGCAGCCAGGCUCCUGGCACAAAGUAGGGACUUGUUGAAGCCAAGUUGCUUGGGAGUGAGUGGUGCAGGUCCCCUUGACAUUGGCGAGGGCCCCGGGGUGGGUGUGGGUGAGGAGCAGACGCGGGUUGCCCCAGACGUUCCCUGCCCAGCCGCUGUUGGCGUCGGUCUGCCGUUGGGCUGUGGGUCUCACCCGCAGUUAGUUUGCCGUGGUCUGAGGCCCAUGCUUGACUUGGCCCUGGUUCCCCAGAACCCAUAGCUCCUUCCCUGGGGGUUGAGUCCAGCUUCGAGGCCUCAGCAGUUUGUCUUGGAACCCUGGGGUUCCUCACAUUCAUGGGAGUGUGAGCAGGGUUUCAGGAGGGAUGUGCCCCCACUGCUAGCCCCAAAACCACAACCGCAAAGUCAGAGUCGCUGGAGCCAGAGAGAUUCUCUGACUUCUGCUGCUGUUGGGGAGGGCCAGGCACUCUGCCAAAUGCUGCCUUCUGCCUUCUCAAGUCCAUGGCCAGGAAGGGCCUUCCAUGUGGCGGCGUCCAGGCCACUCGACCCCUCCUGGUGGGGGAAUAGGAGUCUGGGGGGCUUGGGUAGACCCAGGCCAGGCCGCAGCUGCGUGGCCCCUGAGCUGUCCCAAAUCUCUUCCCUGGUCUGCAGGCUGUACUUCCAGAGCAGGCCCCAGGGGACAUUCCCCACAGUGUCCCAGAGCCUUCCUGGCUGCAGCCGGCUCACCUGGGCGCGUUGCAGGUAUUGGGAGUGAGUUGGUGCCAGCUUCCACACAGCACUUCUGAGUGCCCGGCAUGGAGCUGGACUUGGUGUCAAGGCCUCUGAGCUCUAGCAAAGCCUCCUGGUGGGAGGGCCUGCCCAGGGCCUGUGGGGCUGUGAUGUGUGCACAGGGAGUGUGGACGCGAGGCUGAGCGGGCUUCACGGGGUCGGAAGCAGGGCAGCACAGGUGCCUACCCGCCAGGGACUGAGGUCGGAGGGGAGUGUGCAGAGGAGCUGGUUUGCUCCUGCCUCGAUGGACAGAUGAGGUCCAGCAAGGUCCAGGGGCCUGCUCCUGGCACAGAGUGGGCCUUUCCCAAGUCGGGGCUGGUGGAGAGACCCUUCAGGGGCUCAGGAAGGAAGGGUGUGGUGAGUGUGAGGAGAGAGCCAAGAGACGGGCAGGAGACCUGGGUGGGGCAUUGAGGCGGCGGGAACUGAAAUAAGUGCCAAGGAUCUGAAAGGGGAAAUGCGAUGGCCCCCACCCUGGCCACGCGUGGAGUCCUGAGGCUCCAGCGAAGCAACAGUGGCAGCCUGGCUCUCCUGGGAGCGGGAGCAGGGAGUGUGGGAGGAGACCCUGGAUAGCUGGGGGGCUGUGGAGCCCACUGGGGGAGGGACAGACCAAGGCAGACCCCGGGGGGCGGCCCUGUGCUGUGCUCCGGGGGCUGUGAGCCAACCCGAGGCCCAGCAGCCUGGGGCUGGAAGGGUGGAAGAACGCCCGCCUGGCCUCCCCAUCCUGGCACAGCCUUGCUUCUGCAGCCUGGACCGUCCUCCAGGUGAGCCCAAAGAAGCAAGGUGGGUGGCCCCAGGGCCUGCAGCCGGGAUGGGCACCUCAGCCCGGGCUCCACUCUUCUCACAUGUGCAGAGGCUCACCGGGCCCUGGGCUCACUGGGCUAGCCAGACCCUCUGAUAUCACUGAGGUCUGGGGGAGCCAGGGAUGCACGCUGAGUUCAGCGCAGGAGCUGGCUUGGCCCUGACACUGAGAGGGAGGGGGACCGUCUGCCAUUCCGUCCUGCCUGGAGUCCCUUUCCCGGCCAGGGCUGCUCUGGUGCUCCCUCAGUUUACCCAGGGCAGGUGCUAGGCCCAAGGGACUGCACAUGGGGGGCCGGGAGGCGGCAGGUGGAUCCCUACCCACCCGAGGUGGUUUGGGACAGCCUAGAAAGAGGAAGUGCGUGAGUUCCUUUCCUUUGUGCUUCCGAGCAACCUGGACCUGCAGAGUCAUGGCCUGUGCUCCUCCAGCCUCUGGCCCAAGGGGCUCCUGCUCACACGCCUCGGUGCCUCCCCAGUGCUAGGGCACAAAGCGAGGGUGCCCGACACUUCCUGCUUGUGGAUGCCUUUGCUGCCCCUGCUCUGACCUGAUCCCCGCCCUGGCUGUACCUACUUCUUUCCUUUUUUCAAACAAGCCCUUUGCUUCCCCACCUCUGAACACUGGCUUGGGGGCCCCUCUGCCUGGGACACCCUUUUCUUCCUCCCAGGCCCUGGCCCAUCUCCUCCAGGAAGCUUGAGUGCUCACUGCAGCCGCCGGCCUCCCUGUAAGACAGUGAGUUGUCUGCGAGCUCUGCUCUGAGCCCUGGCACAUGGAGCGACUCAGUUACACUUAAUCAGCUCUUAGAGGCACUGGCUGGGCAUGGUGGCUCAACGCCUGUAAUCCCAGCACUUUGGGAGGCCGAGGCGGGAGGAUUGCUUGAGCCUAGGAGUUGGAGACAAGCCUGGGCAACAUAGUUGAGACCCCACCACUAGAAAAAAAAAAAGUAGCUGAGUGCAGUGGCAUGGACUUGUAAUCCCAGCUACUCAGGAGGCUGAAGCAGGAGGAUCAAUUGGGCCUGGAAGUUUGAGGCUGCAGUGACUGUGAUUGUGCCACUGUCCUCCAGCCUGGGCAACAGAGUGAGACCCUGUUUCGGGGGAAAAAAAAGAAAAGAAAAGAAAAGAAAAGAAGUAGGCGCUAACAUUGCUCCAGUUUUGCCGAUGAGGAAACUCAGGCUUACGGUGAUUAAAUAAUUUUCUGAAUGUCACACGAGAACGUAGGAGGCAGGCAGAAUCCGGAGCCAGGGAUCCGCCUCUGGGGCCUCCAGUGCCUCCAAGCGAGACAGCCACUAGACCAGCAAGCCCUGGAGGGCUGGGCAGGGCCUUGUCCCCUGGUGCCUCCCGGAGCCCAGCACGGGGCAGGGCCAGCUGGGCACUUAGUUUGGACGAGCUCUGUCCCUCCAGGGGCUUCACUUUCGCCUUCUGCAGCGUGGGGCAUCAUGUGUGACCUUGGCCAGCCCCUGACCUCCCUGAGCCGCAGCCUCUGCAUCUGGGACCCCUAGGGUUUCCCAUGCAGGGAGUGUCAAGUGUGGGUGCAAAGCCCAGGCACCGCACCCCUCGGCAGACGUCUGGGGCUUUCUCUUGCCCCUCCAGUUCCCUCCCUUCUCUGAGAAGCGCACCUGCUGCCUGUGGACAUGAACACUGGGCAUUUGGUGAGUCACACAGUGGCCACCCGGUUCUCCAGUGGGAGCUUCAUGGCACCCCACUGUGCUGAGUUGUCACGGGGGGACCUCCUGGCCUCUCGCAGCCCACCUGAGUCCUGCAGGGACCAAGCAUCCUCGUAAAGCCUCACAGCCCACCUGGGCAGACCGAGGAAGAGCCUAGAAGCCAGAACAAGCUGGGGCUGGAAGACUCAUUCCAGGCACCGAGGUGCAUGUGAAAGGAGGCUUUGCGGUGGUUUCUGCUUUGCUUGCAUUGAGCCUCAAACUCUUCCUGUCCCGUGAGAAGGGGGGAUGGGAUUUGGAGGCCUGAGGAAGGAAGGAGGGGAGCUUCCUGCGCACAAGCGGCGGCAGGGGUUUGCAGAAGUGGAGGCUGGGGGCUGCCUGGCCAAGCGCUUACCGCCCUGCGCAGCCGGGCUGGCUGGCAGGCUGCAGCGGGAAGCGCCUGUGGGUCCUCGGCGCUGACUGCAGAGCUGGGUGGAGGCAGCGGAACCAAAACUGCUGUGUCACUGCACGCUGCAGCUGUUGCCAGGGUGACCGGCUCAGCUCACCCAUGAACCCCGUCAGCAGCAGCGAGGACAUCAAGCCCCCCCUGGGCCUCAAUGGCGUCCUCAAGGUCCCCGCCCACCCCUCAGGAAACAUGGCUUCCUUCACCAAGCACAUCUGCGCCAUCUGCGGGGACCGCUCCUCAGGCAAGCACUACGGAGUGUACAGCUGCGAGGGGUGCAAGGGCUUCUUCAAGCGGACGGUGCGCAAGGACCUGACCUACACCUGCCGCGACAACAAGGACUGCCUGAUUGACAAGCGGCAGCGGAACCGGUGCCAGUACUGCCGCUACCAGAAGUGCCUGGCCAUGGGCAUGAAGCGGGAAGCCGUGCAGGAGGAGCGGCAGCGUGGCAAGGACCGGAACGAGAAUGAGGUGGAGUCGACCAGCAGCGCCAACGAGGACAUGCCGGUGGAGAGGAUCCUGGAGGCUGAGCUGGCCGUGGAGCCCAAGACCGAGACCUAUGUGGAGGCAAACAUGGGGCUGAACCCCAGCUCGCCGAACGACCCUGUCACCAACAUUUGCCAAGCAGCCGACAAGCAGCUCUUCACCCUGGUGGAGUGGGCCAAGCGGAUCCCACACUUCUCAGAGCUGCCCCUGGACGACCAGGUCAUCCUGCUGCGGGCAGGCUGGAAUGAGCUGCUCAUCGCCUCCUUCUCCCACCGCUCCAUCGCCGUGAAGGACGGGAUCCUCCUGGCCACCGGGCUGCACGUCCACCGGAACAGCGCCCACAGCGCAGGGGUGGGCGCCAUCUUUGACAGGGUGCUGACGGAGCUUGUGUCCAAGAUGCGGGACAUGCAGAUGGACAAGACGGAGCUGGGCUGCCUGCGCGCCAUCGUCCUCUUUAACCCUGACUCCAAGGGGCUCUCGAACCCGGCCGAGGUGGAGACGCUGAGGGAGAAGGUCUAUGCGUCCCUGGAGGCCUACUGCAAGCACAAGUACCCAGAGCAGCCGGGAAGGUUCGCCAAGCUCUUGCUCCGCCUGCCGGCUCUGCGCUCCAUCGGGCUCAAAUGCCUGGAACAUCUCUUCUUCUUCAAGCUCAUCGGGGACACACCCAUUGACACCUUCCUCAUGGAGAUGCUGGAGGCGCCGCACCAAAUGACUUAGGCCUGCGGGCCCAUCCUUUGUGCCCACCCGUUCUGGCCACCCUGCCUGGACGCCAGCUGUUCUUCUCAGCCUGAGCCCUGUCCCUGCCCUUCUCUGCCUGGCCUGUUUGGACUUUAGGGCACAGCCUGUCACUGCUCUGCCUAAGAGAUGUGUUGUCACCCUCCUUAUUUCUGUUACUACUUGUCUGUGGCCCAGGGCAGUGGCUUUCCUGAGGCAGCAGCCUUCGUGGCAAGAACUAGCGUGAGCCCAGCCAGGCGCCUCCCCACCGGGCUCUCAGGACACCCUGCCACACCCCACGGGGCUUGGGCGACUACAGGGUCUUCGGGCCCCAGCCCUGGAGCUGCAGGAGUUGGGAACGGGGCUUUUGUUUCCGUUGCUGUUUAUCGAUGCUGGUUUUCAGAAUUCCUGUGUGGCCCUCCUGUCUGGAGUGACAUCUUCAUCUGCUCUGAAUACUGGUGCCCAGCCAGCCCGUGACAGCUUCCCCCUAAUCAGGAGGAGGGGACAGCUGGGGGCGCAAGCUGGUGUGUCAUCAGCAAAGACCUCAGCCGCCUCGGGGAUGAGAGGGGACUCGUGGGGCAAGCAGGCUGCCCUGUGCUCUGAGUGAGGGGGAAAGUAGCCCCUUUUUCCAAAGAUAACUCACAGUUUUGCCCUCGAGCCAAUGAGAACAUGAGCUGCCCUCUGUGCAAGGUUUCGGGGCCACCUCCAGGCUGCAGGGGCGGGUCACUCACCCCCCUCAGUUUUCUCUCUGCCUUGGUGUUCUGGUUUCAGACUCCUGACUCCCCGUUCAGACCAGAGUGCCCCGGCCCCUCCCCAGCCUGAGUCUUCUCCUUGCUCUGCGGGAUGGGCUGAGGCUUGUCCUUGGUUCCUGCAGGGCUGGCCCUGGCUCGGGCAGGGUGGGGCGUCACCACCUCACUGGCCUUGCUGGAGGCACAGGGCUCUGUGGACCUGCAGCCAUCUGUGAGGCCCGCGGGGAUGGGAGGGGAGGAGGGUGGCCUGUUGAUUUCCCUCAGAGGGGGCAGGCGGCCUGGAGAGAGAGGGCUCAGGAACUGGGAGCCUCCUGGGUGGGGCAGAUGCUCCGCGGCCUGGAGUGGCUCUGCGGGGGCAUUGGUGGGACCCCUGCUCAGGCCUUCUCUCUGGCUGCCAGUUGUGUCUAAAAGACUCUUGGAAUCUGAGAACCCGGAGUCUCAGCGCCCUCGGGCCUGGGCCACACGCAGGCCCUGGUGGGACCACCCAGCCUGGUAUUGUCCACGGACAGCGUUGUUCACCCAGAGCCUUACUUGGGAGCCUCACUGAACGCCUGCUCUGGUUGAAGGUGGGGGCGGGGGGGGCUUGGAGCCUCCCUGGCUCAGCCCAGUGCGGCCCGGCGCUCCUCCUGCAGGCUCUGCCCCCGGGCUCCGGUGGUGCGGGGCCCUCUCAGGUUGAACUCGCCUCUUUUGCACUGGAAGGCCCUCCCUUUGGCCUGAGUACUUUUCCUGUUCGCACCUCAGUCCCGUGGACCCAGCCUUUGUCAGUGGCAGGUGUCUGAACAGAGGAUGGAUGGGGGGGAUACAGGAGGGGGUCUUGUCUUCCCAGCCGCAGUCUAGGAAUGAUGCGGGGGAGUGGGCGCCUUCUCCAUAGUCUUUCCCCACCUGGAGCAGGGGCUUCCUCAGUGGCGAGGGGAGCUGCCUACAGGUUGGACCGGGAGGCAGUGGCUUGGAGAGGCAGCUUUCCAGCCUUGGUGGGGAAGAAAGUGUCCAUUCUUUGCCUUCCUGGAGCUCCCAGCCAGAGCUGAGCUUAGGCACCCGAGUGGAGCCUGCAGCUGAGUCUGUGCCCGAGACAGGCAGUCAGAGAUUCCAGAAGCCUCUCCUUCCCGCCCCCCUCCACCCCUGCCUUUCAGCGUUGUGGAUCCCUAGAGGUGGCGCCCUGCCCUAUCCCCCGUCCUGAGGCAGAGUGUUGAGCCUCACACCUGUACCAGGUCUCCGGCCAGCUGGGCCCCUCCCAGGCACUGCCAGGAAGCCCCAGCUGCCCCUGGGGGGUGUGGUGGAAAUGGCAGGAGGGUGCAGGUACUCUUGGGGCCCCAGCGGUGGGAGUGCGAAAGACCCAACGCCAACACCUGGUGCCUUUUGCAGCCAGCGCCCGCCCAUCCGUGCCCGGACCCUUGGGAAUGCCCGUGGCUCCAGAGGAAAAAGCCCAGGGACGGGGCCUCCGUUGCGGGGGUCGGCUGCUUCUUGGGAACUUUGUCGUUUCCGGCGCUGGCUGGCUGGCUGGCUGUAAAGCACUGAAGCCCCCCGGGCCGCCAACCCCUGAAAGCAGAACCUGGCCUCCCUGGCCACAGCAGCCUUACCCACCGCUCCACGUGUCCCGGGCACUUCCUGCAGCCUUCCCGUCCCUUUCUCAUCGGCCUUGUAGUUGUACAGUGCUGUUGGUUUGAAAAGGUGAUGUGUGGGGAGUGCAGCUCAUCACUGAGUAGAGAGGUAGAAUUUCUAUUUAACCAGACCUGUAGUAGUAUUACCAAUCCAGUUCAAUUAAGGUGAUUUUUUGUAAUUAUUAUUAUUUUGGUGGGACAAUCUUUAAUUUUCUAAAGAUAGCACUAACAUCAGCUCAUUAGCCACCUGUGCCUGUCCCCGCCUUGGCCCGGCUGGAUGAAGCGGCUUCCCCGCAGGGCCCCCCCUUCCCAGUGGCUGCUUCCUGGGGACCCAGGGCACCCCGGCACCUUCAGGCACGCUCCUCAGCUGGUCACCUCCCGGCUUUGCCGUUCAGAUGGGGCUCCUGAGGCUCAGGAGUGAAGAUGCCACAGAGCCGGGCUCCCCUAGGCUGCGUCGGGCAUGCUUGGAAGCUGGCCUGCCAGGACCUUCCACCCUGGGGCCUGUGUCAGCCGCCGGCCCUCCGCACCCUGGAAGCACACGGCCUCUGGGAAGGACAGCCCUGACCUUCGGUUUUCCGAGCAGGGUGUUUCCCAAGAAUUCUGGGCUGGCGGCCUGGUGGCAGUGCUGGAGAUGACCCCGAGCCCCUCCCCGUGGGGCACCCAGGAGGGCCCUGCCGGAAUGUGCAGCCUGUGGGUAGUCGGCUGGUGUCCCUGUCGUGGCGCUGGGGUGCGUGAUCUGGUGCUUGUCCACGCAGGUGUGUGGUGUAAACAUGUAUGUGCUGUACAGAGAGACGCGUGUGGAGAGAGCCGCACACCAGCGCCACGCAGGAGAGGCGGAGCGGUUACCAGUGUUUUGUGUUUAUUUUUAAUCGAGACAUUUCCCGUUUUCCUAUAAAUUUGCUUCGUGUAAGCAAGUACAUAAGGACCCUCCUUUGGUGAAAUCCGGGUUCGAAUGAAUAUCUCAAGGCAGGAGAUGCAUCUAUUUUAAGAUGCUUUGGAGCAGACAGCUUUAGCCGUUCCCAAUCCUUAGCAAUGCCUUAGCUGGGACGCAUAGCUAAUACUUUAGAGAGGAUGACAGAUCCAUAAAGAGAGUAAAGAUAAGAGAAAAUGUCUAAAGCAUCUGGAAAGGUAAAAAAAAAAUCUAUUUUUGUACAAAUGUAAUUUUAUCCCUCAUGUAUACUUGGAUAUGGCGGGGGGAGGGCUGGGACUGUUUCGUUUCUGCUUCUAGAGAUUGAGGUGAAAGCUUCGUCCGAGAAACGCCAGGACAGACGAUGGCAGAGGAGAGGGCUCCUGUGAUGGCGGCGAGGCUUGGGAGGAAACCGCCGCAAUGGGGGUGUCUUCCCUCGGGGCAGGAGGGUGGGCCUGAGGCUUUCAAGGGUUUUCUUCCCCUUUCGAGUAAUUUUUAAAGCCUUGCUCUGUUGUGUCCUGUUGCCGGCUCUGGCCUUCCUGUGACUGACCGUGAAGUGGCUUCUCCGUACGAUUGUCUCUGAAACAUCGUGGCCGCAGGUGCCAGGGUUUGAUGGACAGUAGCAUUAGAAUUGUGGAAAAGGAACAUGCAAAGGGAGAAGUGUGAGAGGAGAAACAAAAUAUGAGCGUUUAAAAUACAUCGCCAUUCAGUUCGUU